AUGAGUGGAAGGCCGAAGCCGAGAAGGGCCGCCAGGUUUUUUAGAGGUCAUUCGGAGGAAGCCAGCGACAGCGCCAGUCUUAGUAUCCUGCUCCCGGAGCACGGGAACCUUGACGCCAACGGGUUAACCCAGUCGUGGAAGAUUGUCAUAAGCACGGUGUCUAUAUUGACCCUUCUUCUUAUAGGACUUGGCAAUCACAUGUGGCUUAAAGAAACGGAGUUUCCUCAGAAAUCCAGACAAUUUUAUGCUCUAAUUGCAGAAUACGGUUCGAGGCUUUAUAAUUAUCAGGCCAGACUUCGGACGCCAAAAGAACAACUGGAGCUUUUAAAGAAGGAAAGCCAGACUCUGGAGAACAACUUCCGUGAAAUUCUAUUUUUAAUUGAACAAAUAGAUGUUCUGAAGGCAUUGCUUAGAGACACGCGGGACGGUCUGCACAAUUACAGCUGGAACAUGGACAGAGAUGAGGCCCAGGAGCCCUUGGAGGCUACCGACGAGGAAAUGUCAAACUUGGUAAAUUAUGUCCUUAAAAAGUUGAGAGAGGACCAAGUCCAAAUGGCCGACUAUGCCCUUAAAUCAGCAGGGGCUUCUGUCAUUGAAGCUGGGACCUCGGAAAGUUACAAAAAUAAUAAAGCAAAACUUUACUGGCAUGGGAUCAGUUUCUUAACUUACGAAAUGCCUCCAGAUAUUAUUCUCCAGCCGGAUGUCCACCCUGGGAAGUGCUGGGCCUUCCCGGGUUCCCAGGGUCACGCCCUGAUCAAGCUUGCCAGGAAGAUCAUACCAACUGCCAUUACCAUGGAGCACAUCUCGGAGAAGGUGUCUCCCUCAGGAAACAUCUCCAGCGCACCCAAGGAAUUUUCCGUCUAUGGCAUCUCGAAACAAUGUGAGGGAGAAGAAAUAUUCCUAGGUCAGUUCGUAUAUAACAAAAUGGGAAGCACCGUUCAAACAUUCAAGCUCCAGCAUGACGUUUCUGAAUCCUUAUUAUGUGUGAAACUGAAAAUCCUCAGCAACUGGGGACACCCGAAGUACACGUGUUUAUAUAGAUUCCGGGUCCACGGUACCCCAGGAGAGUACCCCUAGAGAGGAACCCGUGCAGACGGCCAUGACCACAGGUCCAGAAUAUGGGACUAUUCUUAUUCCUUUAGAUCCACCGCACUCAGAGGAAUCCAAAUGGGAGUGGGAGGGAAAACUCAAAAGUGGUUCAUACCUGCCAAUAAAAUGUGAAUGAAUUUUACUAGU